CUCAGAUAGUGGACAGGGGAGAAAUAUUGAAGUAAGAAAGGCUGCAAUGAGAAAGUACAGCAGAUACAAGGAGGAGCAGCUUACCCUGGCACAGAUUUAGUUACCUGGUGGGGAAGAAACAAUCGUUUUUCAUUUGUACAAUGCCUCCUGCAGUGUUCUUGCUUGUCAUAGCUUGUGCCUUAUUCCAAAAUGUUGUGUCUGAUACAAUUGUCUGCCCAAAACAUGUGACUGGAAAAGUGGAAGGGUCAGUAUCCAUCACUUGUGCAUACUCAACUGUUACCAAGGCCAAUAAGCAUACUCGCAAGUAUUUCUGUAAAGAAGGAGGAUGGUCUAGUAAGUGUAAAACUACAAUCACGUCUACAAAUGGCUACGUACAUCCGGACUAUGUUGACCGUGUUUUGAUUCAAGAGGAUACAACUGAAGGCAUUAUUGUCAUUAACUUGUCUGACUUAAGGAAAUCUGAUGAAGGGACUUACAUAUGUGGCUUGGGCACAGAUAUGAACAGGAUGAAAGCUGUGUUCACUAUAGCUGUCACUGAAGACUCAGUCAUUCCAACUGAGGCCAAACUUGUUUAUGGUCAGUUGAUGGGAUCAGUAAACUUCCAUUGUGAAUUUGGAGAUGAACAUGCUGCACAACGGAAAUACCUCUGCAAAAUAGAAAAAAAGGGCUGUAAAAAUAUUAUUGACAGCUCUGGAGCAGUUGAUCCUGCAUACCUUGGAAGAAUCCUUCUGCAAAAAGAUAAGAGGCCAGCAAGUUUUACAGUCAAAAUAAUACAACUGAGAACUGAAGAUUCUGGCAUGUUUUCAUGUGGUGUGGGUGACUAUGGAGUAGUAGGAGACUUUACAGAGCUCGAUCUGAGGAUCAAUGAAGAGACUGAUAUACCGCAAGGAUCUAGAUUACUGUCAACAAGAUUGGGUGGUUCUGUGUCUGCUCAGUGCAAAUACAAUCCUAAAAAAAACUACACUCUUAAAUUUUGGUGUAGAUGGGAAGAUUCAGUCUGUAAUCCACUUAUAAAAACAGAUGGCUAUGUCAAUGGUACUUAUGAGGGAAAACUCGUUAUUCAUGAUGACCCUACAAAUGGCACUAUGCAGGUCCUUAUGAACCAGAUAAGCAAAGAAGAUGAGGGCUGGUACUGGUGUGUACUUACUGAUGGAAAACAUGAUCAGACGUCAACUAUCCAAAUUAAGAUUUCUGAAGGAAAUCUUGAAGGAUUGACUGGUGGAAAAUCAGUGUCCGUAAAGAAAGGGGAAACAGUUAAAAUCCCAUGCUCCUAUCCAUGUAGAUUAAAACCCUAUGAAAAAUAUUGGUGCAAAGUGGAUAACAAUAACUGCAAAGAUCUAACCUCUUAUACUGAUGACAAUGACAAUGGUCUGAGCGUGUCAUGUGAGACUCAGCAACUAAUCCUUACCAUUCAAUCAGCAUCCCUGAAAGACAAUGGAUGGUACUGGUGUGGAGUCAAAAAGUCUGGAAGAUAUGGAGAGACUUUAGCAGUGAAAGUUACAGUGGAAGAAGCAACUGGAGGACGUGCUAUCUUUUUGAAUAAGAAUUGGAUGUUUACCACUCCUAGCAUUGCUGAGAACAAACCUGACAUUCUGGUUCCUGCCAUUCUGUCAGUUUGCGCUGCGGUCCUGAUAGUAUCUGCUGUUUUCUUCAUCGUUAGACUGAAAAGAAGGAAGAAUUCAGAUUUGGUUUCCAUUGGAAGCUAUAGAACUAACAUAAGCAUGACUGACCUGGAUAAUGGCAUAGGCAAGGAUAACCCUGCAGUGAUUGAUACUCAGGAAACUGAUAUCAGCCACUCAAAAGAUGGACCAAAGAUCAAGAAAAAGGGGUCUCAAGAAGAUCUCGAUUAUUCCAGCUUCCUCAUCCAUCACAAUGGAUCUCCAAAUGAAGAAAAUACAGUUUAAGAUUUAUUUGGAAAUUUCAAACAAGUCAGAUACCCAAGUCAUACAAUAACAUAUAUAUAUAUAUAUAUAUAUAUAUAUAUAUAUUAAUAUAUAUAUAUAUAUAUAUAUAUAUAUAUGCACAAUUAAUCAUUAGUCAUUGCAGCUACAGCACAACUUUCUCUGUCUGAUAUAUAUGUGUCCGUUGACACUGUGAAUAUAGGCACCACAAGGGUGCAAACAAUGACAUCUGCCAAGACAGUGACAGAACCAGAGAUUAGAUUACUUGCACAGAUAUAGUUUUAUCAUCAAAUAUUGACAAUAUCAUAUAUAUAUAUAUAUAUAUAUAUAUAUAUAUAUAUAUAUAUAUAUAUAUAUAUAUUGAAAUAAAUGAAAGGGAACUUAAUUUUUUGUAAGAAAUAGUAGUAGUAUAACAUUUUAAAUGUGCUUAACAUUGCUAGUCCAUGAAUUAUCUUACUCUGUGUCAUCAAUCAUGGAUGGCCAGUUUUAAUGACCGUAAUGACCAAUCUGGACAAAAAUUUGUAUUUUUCCAUCAGCAAAAUGAUCAAUCACCAUGCGUCUGUCCAUUCAAAGGUGCUUCAACCCCCAGCCAACUUCUAUCUACUGUGUAAGGCCACCUUAGGCAUCUUGCCAUACAUAGAGGAUCAGGGGGUAAGCACUCAGUUUAACCCCUUAAGGACUCAGCGUUUUUCUGUUUUUGCUUUAAAAAAUCAUAACUCUUUCAAUUUUGCACCUAAAAAUCCAUAUGCUGGCUUAUUUUUACCCAAAAAUCUAUGGCGAAACGAGAAAAAAAAUCAUUGUGAGACAAAAUUGAAAAAAAAAAACGCCAUUUUGUAAAUUUUGGGGCUUCCGUUUCUACACAGCACCUUAGCUUUAUUCUGUAGAUCCAUACGAUUAAAAUGAUACCCUACUUAUAUAGGUUUGAUUUUGUCGGACUUCUGGAAAAAAUCAUAACUACAUGCAGGAAAAUGUACACGUUUAAAAUUGCCCUCUUCUGACCCUAAUAACUUUUUUAUUUUUCCGCGUAUGGGGCGGUAUGAGAGCUAAUUUUUUGCGCCGUGAUCUCAAGUUUUUAGUGGUACCAUUAUUGCAUUGAUAGGACUUAUUGCAUUGAUAGGACUUAUUGAAUUGGAAUUUUUUGCGCGUACGCCAUUGACCAUGAGGUUUAAUUAACGAUAUAAUUUUAUAAUUCGGACAUUUCCACAUGCAGCGAUACCACAUAUGUUUAUUAUUAUUUUACUUUAUUCACUUUUUUUUCCACUUUUUUUUUUGCAGUGUUAUAUCUCCCAUAGGGACCUAUAACACUGCACACACUGAUCUUUCACAUUGAUCACUGGUCUCACGUUAUAGAUCGGGAGCGGACUCAUGACGUACCGGUACGUCAUGAGUCCUUAAGGGGUUAAAGCAUCUGUGAUUUUAAUGGGACUGUACAUUAUAUUCAUAUGUCCGUUUCUAGUGCGCCACCUGCUGACAGUGUAAGCUAAUUCCUUACAGAAGUUGUAGGUCUGCUCAUAAUAAGUUAAGACAUUUUCCACUUUCCCCUCAUUCUAUAUAAUCCUUCUGUUUGGUCCCAGGCAUGACUUAUUCACAAUUAUUAUGUUACAAUUUUAGCAACCACUUUAAAAUUGUCUCUAUGUUUCCUAUGGUAAGAAUAAAAAUGAUAACGUAAACACACAUUUUAUUUGAGAUCUUCACUGGAUGAAAUGUGAGCAGUGUUUUUAAAAUUUGCUUUACAUCAACUCUUGUUAAGUCAUAAUGAUAAGGAAUUAGAUCCAUUUUGAAAAUGUAAAAUGAUAUAGGAAGUGAUAUAGGAGGUCACAGCACUGAUCUAAAAAAGUACUUACAACAGAUUUAAGCACAAUAAUAAUUAGAUUUUAACGUUCGUGAUCUUUUCACACCACCAUCAUUGUUCUAACACUGCUUAUGGCCAGUAUUAUAUAGCACACUACUACUAUACUAAAAUAUACAGCGGGAAUUUAUUUAAAAAGGCUCAUAAAUAUGCAAAUUUUGCCAUCAAUAUGCUCCCCACAAAUGCUUUUAACUAUUGAGGAUAUCAUGGCCUUGAUGCAAGUUUUAUAAAUGUGCAUUUUUGGAUGCAAUUUCCAAAAAUCAUAAUUUUAGGCGUAGAACUCCCUAAGUGUUAAGACAAGCUUUAAGCAAUAAUUGACAACCAUUGUGUUUUUCUGUUAUGGUCUUUUUAUCGGUCAUACUAAUUGGUGAUGGUGAUUAUUAGAGUUGAUUUACACAAAAAAUUUUAGGCUGAUUCUGCACAUAAUACGUUUUCGGAGAUUGAGACACUGGUGGUUCACUCUCUUGUUAUUCAUAUGUUAAUUGCUAUUACUGUGAAAUAAUGUAGCAAAUAAAUUGUAUCAGCAGCAAACCGUUCCAAGCAUCAUUUAUUACCUGUCCAAUGUUAUGGCUCAAACAGUGAAGCUUUAUAAUAAGCCAAAAUGAUACAUAACGCAAACAUGAAUACACAGGUACCAGAAAUAAGGGUAUUAUAAACAAGGUAAAUCAACUAACAGGGUAGAGUACAAGAACAAUAAAAGAGCAGCAAUCACAAUAAGGUACAAUUACAAAGAGCCACCAAGAUAUAUAGUAGAGAGGCAUAAAGUAAUUAAUAUUUGGACAGUAUAAAGAAGACAUUAAGGAUGCCAUACUCACUCAAAGUACUUAACCCUUUAAGGACUGAGCCCUUUUGCAACUUAAGGACGCAGCCCUUCUUUGCAAUUCUGACCACUAUCACCUUAUGCAUUAAUAACUUUGGGAUGCUUUUACCGAUGAUUCUGAUUCCAAGAUUCUU